CGACUUGAAGAGCUCGGCAACAGUUUGAACUUGAACAGAGACACCCAGGAGGAUCAGACAGGAAUGAAUCGGAUGAAAUCUUCUGCUGAGGAGCUGCGUUCUCUUCCACCAAGACCACCGACUUUACCUGCAGCUUCUCCAAAGAGACGGUUUGUCAAGCUAGGGAGGAAAACAAGUGAUGGCUCUCAGCAAUCAGCUUCAUCCACUGGCAGUUCAUCCACCGGCAGAUCAGCCGAGGGCGUGGCCAUCAGACAGCCCAGCAAGAGCCGCAUUCGUCGCCAUACCAACCGCCUUUCAGGUGUCUUCCUUCGUGGGCCCACCUCCAACUCAGGCUCCAUGGCUCUGACGGCAGGUCUCAGGUCAACACUGUCCAUCCAAGCCAGGAAAGGCAGCAUGAUCUCCGCGGAUGCUUUAAUUGCGGAUGACCCGUCUGAGCUGUCCAAUCAGAUAACUGCUCCAGGAAUCUUGAAGAUCUUUGGAAAUGAAAUCUGUGAAGGAGCUCACUAUAAAAGCGUCCUGGCCACCACACUCUCCAGUGCAAAAGAACUAGUCAAAGAGGCCCUCGAACGGUAUGGCCUGAGCAAGGAGGAGGCAGAGUCCUAUGUUCUCUGUGAUACCAUUGGCUCCAUUGGUCAGCAUCAGUGGAGGACGGAAGGGUUCAGAGUCGUCGGCGACAAUGAGAAGCCCCUCCUCCUGCAGUCACUAUGGAAACCCAGAGAAGGCCUGGCAAGACGGUUCGAAAUCCAGAGGAGAAGCUCGGUAGAUGAGAAGACAUCCAAAGACAAAGACACCGUCACUGCUGGUAUCAAUGCCCAGGCUCGCAAGCUGCAGAAGAGCCGCUCCAGAGUGACCUCCACCCUCAUAGACAGGACUAUGGGUCGAAGCCACAAACUGUGGAGGAGCAAAAGUGAGAUGGAUCUCUUGGAUUCUGACAUAGAGACAAAGCAGGACACAAAUCAUGACAAGUGUGUCAAGGAUCGAAGCGAGAGCCUGAAUCAAACCUCAGUGCAGAGCUGCGAGUGUCCCAAAAUAAGCCCGGAACAGAAUCACAUUCACAGCCUCGCAAUUCCCUCCGAGGGGUCGCAGGCCAAAACAGAGACCCUCUGUCCAUCGAGGCCCAGAGGCGAGCGGGAAGGAGAGGAGUCGGAGAGGGAGGAGACGGAGAGCAGCGACGACAACACCACACAGUACUCCAUUCACCCUCCUCACGACUGUCCAUACCUGUUGCUGCUGCAGGGCUGCAGUCCCGCACAGGACUUUGUCAUCUACCUACUUGUGGGGCCAAAAAUUGUAAUUGGACGGCAAAGCGAUCACGAAGACGGGACAAAGCCCGAAAUCCUCCUUUUUGCCUCUGACAUCCUUCAGAGACACUGCUGUUUUCAUCGCCGCAGUGUUGACGGUCCCACCAUGCUCUGCCCUUGUCAGGAUGCUGUGGUCAUGAGGAACGGCGAAGAGCUGAGAAAAGAAGUGCAGCUCAGCCCUGGUGAUGUUAUCGGACUAGGACAACACUACCUGUUUGUUUUCAAGGAUCCCUUAGCUUUGAUGCACAAGGAAGUAAACAGUGCUGCCCCUGUGCCCAGCCUGUCUGCUGUCCCCUGGAUGCUGGGUCACAUCACCUCUGCCCCCAAAGAAGCAAGCCACACUACAGAAAUAAUCCUCUGCAGCACCUGCAUCUCAGCCUGCACUGACGCCCAGAGCCUGAGCAGCAAACAGCCCCCGAGCAGAGGCCCUCCAUUUUUAAAAUCACCUGAAGGCCACAGCCUGACUCUGAGCUAUGAGACAGAGGACGAGGCUCGCAUUGUAAAGGAGAUAGUUGCUAUGGGAAGCACCAGAAUCAACGAUGGGCCGCCGCUGACUGCAGCUUUUUUGCUGUGCAUGUGUAUUCAGUAUUCGUCCACAUGUCUUCAUACCUCAGACCUGCGCAGGCUCCUGCUGCUUGUUGCGAGCGGAGUUCAGUGUGUCGCGUGGGAGCACACUAAAGAUCUGGCUACAGUUCAACCUGAAGUUGUCAGUGGUGAGAGCUCAAACGCAGAGGACCUCCAGCCUCUCAGCCUGUAUGAGGUGAUCUCAGGACUCCGCCCCCUGGUGGUGUGGAUGUCCAACAGCCUGGAGCUGCUGCAGUUCAUCCAGAACCAGCUGCCUCUUAUUCUGGAGUGGAGAACCAGAAAGGAGCAGGGAGAGGAGGAGGAGGAGGAACAGAGGGAAGAGGAUGAGAGCAAGGAGGUGGAGAGCUUAGCCCUGCUGGAACUUCGUCUGUCCUGUGUCCGUUCAGCCAGUGAAGAAACAAUGGCCGUCCUGGAGGAGGUCACCAUGCUCGCCUUCCAGCAGUGUGUGUACUACAUCACCAAGGUCCUGUACCCCAUCCUACCUGGACUUCUGGACUGCAACCCGUUCAGGGAGAGUCCUGACCAGCAGCAGGUGACUGGUGAGAGUGCUCGGGUCCUGGGUAGUGGUGGACUGCAGGUCCCUGGUGAGAUCCAGCAGGUCUUGGAAGUCCUGAAUGAGACCUGGAUACUGCUCUCAGACUGCCAGCUCCAUCCAGAGAUUUCCUCUCAGCUCAUUGGCUACCUCUUCUACUUCAUCAACGCAUCGCUCGUCAACUCACUCAUGGAGAGAGGCUCAGAGCCAGGCUUCUACCAGUGGUCCAGAGGCGUGAGAAUGCGGGCCAACCUUGACUUGCUCCUGGACUGGGCCCAUGCAGCUGGACAGGGAGAACCGGCCCUGGAGCACACACACACACUCUCUUCAGCUAUCAAUCUGCUGGCCACACCUAGAAAGAAUUUAUUGCAGAAAUCUUGGACAUCCUUGCGGGCUGACUACCCUGCCCUGAGUCCAGCCCAGCUGAACCACCUGCUGAGUCUGUACAGCCCAGGGUCUUCCUGCAAACACACAUGGACUCCAUCAGUGCAGGACAAAGCAGCAGCUCAUAACACCGCUGAUAUCCUGGAGAGUUUUGACACCCACCAUCCGCUGGUGCUGCCUGACAGGGGUUACCAGUUCCAACUGAGGAGAGCAGUAACAGAUUCAGCCCUAAGGGAACAGCUGGAUGAGCUCAAAGCAUUUAUCCACUCACUCUCUGAGCCACAGUCCACUGAGGGUACAGCUACUGGAGAGCACCAGAGUGGCCUCCUUACAUCUUCUGCCUUACCUCCAUCACCCCCAUCACCACCCUCUCCUCUCACCACCCACUACCUGGAUGAGUUCAGUUCCUGUGGCGCCUUGCUUUUGUCUCAGAAGCUAAAACAUCUGGAGCUGCAGAUCAAUGAGGCAAAGAACAGUGAGGUGAGGAGGUCAGCUCUGGACCCCACCUGUCUCCUCACCCCGCCCAACACCCCCCACAUCAUGGAUCCUGCUGAUUUGGUGAAGGCAGGCCAGGAUAAAUGGAUGAAGGCUGACGGUGAGACAGCUCCCUGGUCCUCCGGUGUGGCUGUCCAUGAUGAAGGUGGAUUAGUGUUUGAAUGUCUGGCUGCACUGAAAGCAGACCGUUUGAAAUCAGACUGUCCCAGCAUGAACAGGAUUGUGGAACUGAAAGAGGAAGAGGAGGAGCAGGAGGAGGAAGAUGAGGAGGAGGAGGAGGAGGAUGACCAUUACGAUGACAAUAACGAUGAGGUUUUUAGCUUGGAGCUGGAGCGAGGCGAACGAGGGCUCGGCCUUGCUCUGGUUGACACGAGGGACACUUGCUUGAAGGUGAAAGGCAUCUUCAUCCGUGCAGUGGUCCCAGACUCUCCUGCAGCCCGGUGUGAGAAGCUGGUGCCAGGAGACAGGAUCCUGGCUGUUAAUGGAGUCAGUCUGCUUGGACUGGACUACCAGAGUGGAAAGGAGCUGAUCCAGUCAUCAGGCGACAGACUGAGGUUACUGGUGACCAGAUGUGACUGGAUGGCCAAGGCUGUACAGGCAGAAUGCUGACUGCAUUUUUUUUGUUUUUUAAUCACAAGCGCACUUAAAGCUGACCAUGAGAGCUUGUUGAACAUACAAGCUUUUUAUCAUAAGUAUGGACCUUGAUUUUAGGACGUGGUUUUUGAGAAGCCAGAAAUGCACUAUGAAAUGAGCUUUGUCCUGGUUGGACUGAGCACCAGGUUUUAGCUGCUCAGUGUCAUUUUACAGCCAUAUACAGGCAGGUGACAAAUUAAAGGACACGCCACGUAAAGCAUGUUAAAAUGUUGUUCCACAACAAGCCUCCAGAACAGCCACAGUGCUACUCAUUAUAGAUCCUCCCAGUCUGUGACCUCAGUGGUGGAGAGUGCUGUGUAAUACCAACAUCUGGUGAGUAUGAAGACCUUAACAAAUGAUUGACAUCACUUAUUAUAACACUCAUUAAGUGAGUGGGUCCUCAUCCUGUUUGGAUUCAUGGUGUUUCUCCACAUAUUUAUUCAUCAUUCAUUUUCUCCUUUCAUGUGUCACCUGCCUGUAGUUUACAUUGUAAUAGCGUAAUAGUAAUUGCUGAUGUAGUGAUGCAGGCAUUUUGAUUUCAGCCUGAGACGAGUGUGUCUGGUAUGGUUGAGUCGGGGUCGGCUUCAGAUUUCAGACAUCCCUGCUAAAAUGUGUUUUCAGUGUUCAAAGCCUUUAACGUUCGAGCUGCCUACAUGGACGUCUCACAUUAUAAAAUGACAUGCUGCGCUACCUGUUUGUCAUUUGUCUGUUUAAACAGUAACAAGCACUAACUAAGGCCUAAUGUCACUGCCAUUUCUGACUUUGUUUUGUUUUUUAUUCAUCAUCUGGACAAAAUGAGUGGACAUGUGAUGUUUGUUACAUGUUGUUGAUAAGUGUUAGACUAACUGUUAAAUGUUAAAUGAAACAUAAAAACAUACUGUCACAUUUUUAGUGUGUCUUCAUUGGCCUGAUGGUUUCUCCUUCUUAUUUGUACUGUAAGCUUAUUAAUGUUAAU